GAGGGCGCACGGCGCGGGAUUGGCGGGCGCUCCCCGCGGGGCCCACCGCAGGCUUUUCUGGCGGAGCAGGCAGAGGCGCACGCACCUGCACCGGAGUCCCAGGGCAAGUACUCUCCACCGCGCUCCCGCCGCCCCGGGCGGGCACCCCUGGGCAUGAGCGCCCCCCCGACGCUGCCCCCAGAGGGCGAGGAAGAGCUCCAGACAGCCUGGUCCCCUGCGGUCAACGCCAGCUGCGCCCCUGCUGAGGAGGAGGCAGCGGCGGGGACCGGGGACGCAGGGGCACCGGGCAUGGUCGCCAUCCAGUGCAUCUACGCACUGGUGUGCUUGGUGGGCCUGGUGGGCAACGCCCUGGUUAUCUUCGUGAUCCUCCGCUACGCCAAGAUGAAGACGGCCACCAACAUCUACCUGCUCAACCUGGCCAUCGCGGACGAGCUCUUCAUGCUGAGCGUGCCCUUCGUGGCCUCGUCGGCCGCCCUGCGCCACUGGCCCUUCGGGUCUGUGCUGUGCCGCGCGGUGCUCAGUGUGGACGGCCUCAACAUGUUCACCAGCGUUUUCUGUCUGACGGUGCUCAGCGUGGACCGCUACGUCGCCGUGGUGCACCCUCUGCGCGCCGCCACCUACCGGAGGCCCAGCGUGGCCAAGCUCAUCAACUUGGGCGUGUGGCUGGCAUCCUUGCUGGUCACCCUGCCCAUCGCCAUCUUCGCUGACACCAAGCCGGCUCGGGGCGGCCAAGCCGUGGCCUGCAACCUGCAUUGGCCUCACCCGGCCUGGUCGGCGGUCUUUGUGAUCUAUACUUUCCUGCUGGGCUUCCUGCUGCCCGUUCUGGCCAUCGGCCUGUGCUACCUGCUCAUCGUGGGCAAGAUGCGGGCGGUGGCACUGCGGGCCGGCUGGCAGCAGCGCAGGCGCUCAGAAAAGAAGAUCACGCGGCUGGUGCUGAUGGUGGUAGCCGUCUUUGUGCUCUGCUGGAUGCCUUUCUACGUGGUGCAGUUGCUAAACCUGUUUGUGACCAGCCUUGAUGCCACAGUCAACCAUGUGUCCCUCAUCCUCAGCUACGCCAACAGCUGUGCCAACCCUAUCCUCUAUGGCUUCCUCUCAGACAACUUCCGCCGUUCCUUCCAGCGGGUUCUCUGCCUGCGCUGCUGCCUCUUGGACGUCGCAGGUGGUGCUGAGGAAGAGCCCCUGGACUACUAUGCCACUGCUGUCAAGAGUAGAGGUGGGGCAGGAUGGAUAUGCCCCCCACUCCCCUGUCAGCAGGAGCCCUUACGACCAGAACCCAGCCGCAAGCCGAUCCCUCUCACCAGGACCACCACCUUCUGAAGAGCCCGUUCACCUCCUCCCCAGCCUGGCCACCUGUAAGGGAGUCUGUGCUACCCUGACACCCCAGCAGACUGCCAGUCCUAGAUGCUCAUCUAAGAGCCACCACCUGUUCCCACCACAGCCACAGCCACCUUUUCCCAGCAGUCUAUGGGCCAGCCCCAAGAGCAUCAAAGCUCCUUUCCUUUGUUCUGUCCUCAGGACUCUGGUUUCUAGGGGGGCACCUCCAUGGGGGUAGGACUACAUGGACGUGGUCAGAUGUUAAUUAUUCCUGGAUCUCUGACUAGUUUCCGAGGGGUGGGAAGCAGGGGGAUGCCAAGCAGGAAUGGCCAUCUGCAUGUGACGUGUUACAGAAUCUCUGCCUUGGAGAGGGCUGUCCAGAGGGUGGAGGCAGCCUGUGCCCUUGCUCUCUGCAGACUCUGCCUGUGGUGGGGACAUAGCAUGUUCGAAAAGGGAAGGGAGGAAGGAAGAUGCCUCCAAGCACACCAUUGGCUUCCAUUCCUGGGAUCUUUUCUAACUGAAAUUGAUGCAUGACAGCCUGGGGCACCUCCAGGCCCAGUGCCUGCUUGCAGUCAGAAAUGUCACUCCAGUUUUCUGGGGCUAGCAGCAGGCUUCCUGUGAGUAGGAAAGGUUUGGAAAGUCAUGAUGUGGGAUUUGUUAUGAGGCACAAAACCAGGUCAGUAAUAAUAAUAAUAAAGCAGAAAGGAUGAAUCUCA